UUCACAGUUCACUCUCGUCUGCUGCCAGGCACCUCAACCUUGAAAAGACAUUUAUUCCCCUCCUCCACACACAGAGUCUUACUUCAUUACCAACAGACUGGGGAUAAAAAACAUCUUGUCCAGCCAGCUUCUCUGAGCAACUGUGGGAGUCACAGCAGCUCUUCCGCCCCCAUGAAGAGGGUCUUCUCCAGCACCAUCCUUGUUCUAGCCAUCUCCACGUGGACUGCCUUUGCAGUUGACUUUCCUCUUCCUAUGGGCAAAGGGACACACCUAGAAGAGACAAAGGUUUUGUGCACAGAGAAUAUAAGUAAGUGCUGGAUUUUCUCUUACAUCAAGCCAAGUGAACCCAUAUGUGGCAGUGACCAGAUUACCUACAGUGGGGAAUGCCACCUCUGCUACAAAAUUCUAUAUGAAGGGCUUAACAUAACUAAGCUGCACGAUGGGCCAUGUAAAAACUCCUGAACUUACCAUGAAAAAUUAAGAACUUGUUGAAUCCCCAGACAAUCAAGUAAAACACAAUCAUUGCCUUUACAUUCCCUUUAGAGGAGGAUGCUAGUGCUGGAGGAAACCAAUACUUAGCAUCAAACUCAUUGACUUGCUUCUUCAGUAAAUGACUCUCUCU